AUGCAGCUCCUGGGGUUAUAUGUUGUGGUGAUCUUGCAGUGUUUUUUGGGUGUUUUUGGGCAGCAAGCUCAUACUCACCAUAAUGUGGCUGACUUACGCUGGAAACCGGCCACUGCCACCUGGUAUGGCAGUCCUGACGGUGAUGGUACUGACGGAGGGGCAUGUGGGUACGGGUCAUUAGUGGACGUGAGGCCAUUGAGGGCCAGAGUUGGUGCAGUGAGCCCAAUACUCUUCAAGAAUGGAGAAGGAUGUGGGGCAUGUUACAAAGUUAGGUGCCUAGACAAAAGCAUAUGCUCGAGAAGGGCAGUGACCAUAAUUGUUACAGAUGAGUGCCCAGGUGGGUAUUGUUCUAAUGGGAACACCCACUUUGACCUUAGUGGUGCAGCCUUUGGCCGUAUGGCUAUUUCCGGCGAGAACGAUCAGCUCAGGAACCGAGGUGAACUUCCAGUCAUUUAUCGCAGGACCCCAUGUAAGUACCCUGGGAAGAACAUUGCCUUCCAUGUCAAUGAAGGUUCGACAGAUUAUUGGCUAUCCCUUCUAGUGGAGUUUGAAGAUGGUGAUGGUGAUGUUGGAUCCAUGCAUAUAAGAGAAGCUGGUGGCACUGAGUGGCUGGAGAUGAAUCACCUAUGGGGUGCAAAUUGGUGUAUUAUUAGGGGACCGUUGAAGGGACCAUUCUCUGUGAAAUUAACAACACUAGCAGCAGGAAGAACACUGUCUGCAACAGAUGUGAUUCCGAGAAACUGGGCUCCAAAAGCUACUUACACCACUAGGCUGAAUUUCAUCCAUUAA